AUGACUAUGCUCAAGGAACCCUGGAAGAAAUACAAGCCGUUCAAUCCUCCUAAACUGCCAAAUCGAACAUGGCCUGACAAGACCAUCGAAAAGGCCCCUCGAUGGCUUUCAAGCUGUCUGCGCGAUGGUAACCAGAGUCUGCCCGAUCCCAUGAACGGCGAGGAGAAGUGGCGAUACUUCAAGAUGCUCUGCGAUCUAGGCUACAAGGAGAUUGAGGUCUCUUUCCCUUCUGCCUCCCAAACCGACUUCGACUUCACCCAGCGCCUGAUCCAGACCCCAGGAGCUGUCCCCGACGACGUCUUCCUACAAGUCCUGUCUCCCUGCCGACCCGAUCUCAUUCGCAGAACCGUCGAGUCUGUCCGCGGAGCUAAGAACGCCAUCAUUCACAUCUACCUUGCCACAAGCGCAUGCUUCCGUCAAGUAGUCUUUGGCUACACUGAGGAGCAGACCCUGGAGCUUGCUGUAGAGUGCACCAAGCUGGUCAGAUCUCUGACAAAGGAUAACCCCGAGGCUUCUGGCACCAACUGGCAAUUCGAGUUCUCUCCUGAGUGCUUCUCAGACACAGACCCUGACUACGCUGUGAGAGUCUGCCAGGCUGUCAAGGCUGCUUGGGGACCUGAUGCGACCAAGGGCGACCAGAUCAUCCUGAACCUCCCCGCCACAGUGGAACUGGCGACACCCAACGUCUACGCCGAUCUGAUCGAAUACUUCUGCAACAACAUUGGCGACAGACAGGAUGUUUGUAUCUCUCUGCAUCCCCACAACGACCGUGGAUGCAGUAUUGCUGCUGCUGAGCUUGCUCAAAUGGCCGGCGCUGACCGAGUAGAGGGUUGUCUGUUCGGUAACGGCGAGCGAACCGGAAACGUCGAUCUCGUCACUCUGGCUCUUAACCUGUACACACAAGGUGUCAGCCCUAACAUUGACUUCUCCGACCUGAACUCAGUCAUCGACAUGGUCGAGUCAUGCACCAAGAUCCCCGUCCACCAACGUGCUCCUUACGGCGGCAGCCUGGUAUGCGCUGCUUUCUCUGGCAGCCACCAAGAUGCCAUCAAGAAGGGUUUCCAGGACCGCAAGGCCAAGGGUCUGGGCCACGAGGACCCCUGGAACGGUAUGCCCUACCUACCCCUGGACCCUCGAGAUAUCGGUCGCAACUACGAGGCCAUCAUCCGUGUCAACUCUCAGUCUGGAAAGGGAGGAAGCGCUUUCAUCGUGCACACCAAGCUCCAGCUUGAUCUGCCCCGUGGUCUCCAAGUCGCUUUCUCCAAGGUCGUCCAGAAGAAGAGCGAGGAGGUCGGACGCGAGCUGCUAGCCAGCGAGAUCACUUCUCUGUUUGAGAACACAUACUUCCUCAACAACAACCCUCAUUUCAGCCUGGUGGACUACAGCAUCACCCCUGACCGAUCACGAUCUCCUGCCCCCGCAGCCCACGGCAGGACCCAAGACACCAAGGACUUUAUCCGUAUUUUUGAUGGCGUCCUGCUGGUGAAUGGCAAGGAGUUGAAGCUGCGUGGCCGUGGUAACGGUCCCAUUUCCAGCAUGGUUUCCGCCCUCAAGGAGCUUAACAUCGAGUUUGAUGUCAAUGACUACAAGGAGCACGCCAUUGGCGAGGGACGCGGUGUCAAGGCUGCCUCAUACAUCGAGUGCAAGCCCGUUGGUAGCAAGCAGUCAGUAUGGGGUGUUGGCAUCCACGAGGAUGUGGUACAGAGUUCUCUGAUCGCUCUCCUGAGCGCAGCUAGCAACUUCGUCACUAGCAGACCCGCCAGUCCUGUUCAGAAGGCCACUGAUGCUCCUGCUCCUCAAGAGACCCCUAGUGUGGUGUCUAUUCUGGAGGAGAAGGCCAAUGGCAUGUAA